GUGAAGGGUUUUGAGGAAUUAUCUUGUGAUUAACUUUGCCCGACUGAACUACUGCACAAGUCAACUUGAUACUUCUCUGUUGUGGAAAAUCAAUUGUAGAGUUAAUGGUCUCGGCACUCGGCCUGUAGAACGUGUGAGCUCGGAACACCUGUUUGAGCCCACAAGAGACCGGCCACACGUUAAGAAAUUGAUGCGGCCUCCGAAAAACAGGCGGGGGGUAAAGUAUACCUACUGUAGAACGUGUGCAACUGCAACGACACUGUUAUCCGAAAGGAUUCUUCCACAAAACUCUGAAAUAUGCUGAUAGAUUCAAGUAAAUGCCACAGGUGUUGCCUUGUCUUUUCACGUUAAAUCAACCGCGUACUGAACUGAUCAUACCGCUGCAGAAGAACAACCUUAAAGGCCUCAAUGGGUCCAUGCUAAGAAUUCCCGUAGUCAACAAAGCGUGUUUGCAUUGUAGAUUUAAAUACUUGUAGCAGUGGAUGGAAACAGAUAAAACCAAAGGAAAGACCAUUUUGAUAGCGAAAUGAGUUUCAUAUGUUUUCUACUCGUAGCCUCUGAUCAUUUGGAAAUCAAAUUGGCCGGAAUGUAAAAGCAUCUCCUAUUCAGGUCAAAUCAUUGGCUCAGCUGUGGCGACCGUCGUCGGCUGUUCGGCAAGUUGAAGUAGCAUUUCGUCUCGUUUUUCUCAAGGGUACGUCAUCCUCUUACCAUACUGCAGCAUAAUAAAUAAUGUCGCUAACUGGCUCGAUCUUGGGCGGCACAAAUCACUAUGUAGACAGAGAGAAUAUGGAGAUUAAUAACUCCGCUGCAACUUGGGUACCAGUCUGUUCCGGCCGGAGAUUACCCGCAGGGUCCGGAAGUCUAGAGCAGUCCUCACCCCCAAGACUCGUGGAGCUCCAAACCUGCACCGGACAUCUUCUGCACCCUCAAAUCAACUCUCUCAUCUGCUGGUUGCGCUGGAUUGUCGAGAUGUACUCCAGACGUGCACAGAACACUCGUCUUAGUUUCUCGGUCCAAGCGUCGUCUUCCCCUUUGUGGACAUUUCAGUGCGCAUUUAUUACAGGCGCGGAUAACCUUUGCUGUAAGAACGAUGCUCGCGGCGCUCGUCAGAGCUUCAGAUCAGCUUGUACCCGACGAACCAAUCGCUUGCCAUUUAUUACCAUGCAUUUCUCCAAUCUUGACACCCAUGAGCCACUUCCUUCUCAUCUAUCCAGAGGACGGCAUGUCGACCUCGUCAAGUCAUGAUCUCCACUAAUGAUGUUUGUGAAUUGGAGAAGGUGAAUCAACUGACUCUGAAGUGGGUGGUCUAUUACGACCAGAAUCACGAUUCGAAAGAGAUUGGGCGAGCUAGAUCGAGUGAAAAAUGGGUCAUCAAGAUAGAGAAGGAAUCGCUUUCUGCAGAAGUCAUCAUGCAGAAACAGACAGCCACUUGCACCCGUAGAGUAGAAAGCCUUUUGAUGUGUACGCAUACUCUGCGAAGAAUCCUGUUGCAGUCCAGUACUCUGUACUGCGGUGAAUGUCCCGGCAGAUGCCAAGAUGCCCAUGCUCUUGAUCAAGAAGGACAUUCGUACGUGGCAAGCACAGACCUUCUCCAGGUGUCAAUUACACGAGUACUGUCAGUUCCAGAUUAUUUUCGGCGUCCAACAAUUUCCACGAGUUUUUCUUUUAGCCUUCACUUGC